CAUCCAUUUCCAACAUUGUAAAUAUUUGGAAACACAGCCUAUAAAAAGUAAAGAGAAGGCAUAGCAACAAUCCCAAAUUAGUGUAUUUGACUUUUGGUUAUACAUACACACCUUGCUCUGCUUAGGUUUUCAUAUAGAUGGAAAUGGAAGAUGGCCGCAGUGUCAACCACCUCCCUCCAGGCUUUCGAUUUUGCCCUACCGACGAAGAACUUGUUCUUCACUUUCUCUACCCCAAGUCCCUCCGUUUACCUUGCUAUUCCAACAUCAUUCCUGAACUUGAUCUUCAUCGGCUUCACCCUUGGGAACUAGAUGGGAAGGCGUUGAUGAGCGGUAAACGGUACUUCUUCUUUAGCCAAAAGAUGGAAAAUCGGGUCCUGGAAAAUGGGUAUUGGAAGCAAUUAGACAUGGAGGAGCCAAUCUUCAGUGGAGGUUCAGGGAAAGUUGGGGUGAAGAAACUCUUUGAAUUCUACAUUGGUGGGGCUCCAUUUGGUAUGAAAACAAAUUGGGUGAUGCAAGAGUACCAUCUUUGUAAUUGGGGCUCAGCCCUUUCAUUCCACUACCCUAAAACAAAAGGAAUCAGAAAACUGGAUUCUAAUUAUAAGUGGGUUCUAUGUAAAGUUGAAGAGCAUAAGGGCAAUGCUCAGAGCUUCAACUACAGUGAUGAAGAUGGAAGUGAGCUAUCAUGCCUUGAUGAAAUGUUCUUGUCAUUGGACGAUGACCUUGAUGAUAUAUCUUCCUCCCAUUUCUUGUGAAUAUAUAUAUAAUUUGCUAGUUUUUAUAUCUGGUUUUCUGUUUUGUUAUUGUAUAGAGUACAAAGAAAAAUAAAUGUUUUGUAGAAUGCUUUAUAUAUAUAUAUAUAUAUAUAUAUAUAUAAAGUUUAUAAAUUUAUGUAAUAUACAUAUGAUAUUGUUGCUUUGGAGAGUGCAUCUGAGCACAAACACCUGACAGAUGAACUUAAGACAUAGUUGUUCCAAAUGUUUUAGAAUUUUGGCCUACUUAACAAGAGAAAUAGCCUAUCAAAGCCCCAAGAGACCAAGUUUGUAACUUGAAGGUCUCAUGCCCUAUUGGCUCUUCCAUCUUACAAGAGGUCGCUCAUUUUCACUCUCCUUUCUUUUCAACAUUUGUUUUUUUUCUUAAAUCCAUUACAUAUAUAUAUAUAUGAUUUGAGCAGCGGAACAAAUGAUGUUUGGGAGUUAAACCAAAGAAGGGAUGUGAAUGCUAAACUUGUAAAAUAUAGUAGUGAAAUGUAUAUAUCUAUUGGAUCUA